UGAUUCGGGGCUGCGGCGAGCCGAGCUAGUGCGUCCGGGAGCGAGCGCGAGAGAUCGAGGGGUCGGGAGACCGAGGAGCAGCAGCAGCAGCAGCAGCGACAGCAGCAGCCGCAGGGGACGCCGGGCAGCAGCCGCAGCAGCUCUCGAGGCGGGGAUCGUCGCGAAGCUGCGCCGCGAUGUCUUCUCCGUCGAAGGCGAAGGAGGUGUUCUCGUCCGACGAGGAGGGCCCCGCCGCCGCCGUGCCCGAGGAGCGGCGCCCCGUCAAGGUGUCCAGCUUGCCUUUCAGCGUCGAGGCGCUCAUGUCCGACAAGAAGCCCCCUCGCGAGACGGGCGGCGGCGGCCUCGACGGGGCGGGCUUGGGCACUUCCAGGAACCUGCUCUUGCCGGGUCACGGCGCCAGGGAAGCGGCCAGCCCCGGGGGGCUUACAAAAACCUUCGAGACGUCGUCGGUUAAAUCCGAGAACUCCGAGGACGGCUCGUCGUGGAUCCCGGAGGCCGGCAGAUACUCCCCUCCCCCAAGUGAGUCUCGGGGUCGGGAGGGUUGCGAGGGAAAACGUCCCUCGGGGGGUGUGGGAUGGAGGGGGUGUGGGUAGAGGGGAGGAAAUAGUUAGCAGGACUCUUUCUCCGGCCGUCGAGGGACCAGCCGCUUCGCCGCAGUCUGAACUCCCUCCAGAUCCGAACUUUCGGGGCAGCAGCAGCAGGAGGGGAGCGAGGCGCUGCGCCGGAUCCCUCAACCUAGUGUCUCGGGAAAGGCGCUUUUGCAGGGCGAAGCAGAAAGCCCGAUUCCAGGGAACAAGGAGGGAGCCCUUUGAACCCCAUAGCCAGCUUUUGCGGCCAAGCCUUCAUUUGGUUUGCAUGUAGUAAGGAACAGAGGAAUGACCAAAGAAUUCCGCGCGCUCCCGCCGCGAUCUUCCUUAGGCUGGACCCGCCCGGAACUGUCCAAAAAAAGCCUCCGGCGGCCGAGACGCCUCGAGAGCCGGCUGUUCCAGCGCCAGCGACCCUCUCCUCGCCGCAUUAGUCAUGCCUCCUUCCAGCUGCCGUUGGCAAGAGGGAGAUGGUCUUGCGCUACCGCGUCUAGGCUGUUUCCCCCCAUCCCCCAGGAUGAUGGAUCGCAGUAGAAUCUCUCCUUUCUGUCGCGACGUCUUUUCAGUGACUCUCGCCUAGUUCAGUCAUUUUAAUUUUUGCAGUAGUUCACCCCACCCCCCGCGCUGUCUUCUCGGUAGGCAAAAACCUGGCAAGGCGGGGAAUCGACGGUGGUUUCUUCUAAUUUCCCUCGGUUGCCUCUCCUGGUGCACCUGCAGCAGCGGGAGCAGGCAGCCUCCGGCUCCUCCGCGCACCUCGGGCUUACUCUCUUUACAUUUAACUGCGCGCCUCUCUCAAUGGGGCCCAUGUAGGGCCUCCAGACUUAGCCCAGGGACAAGUUUAUAAAUGGGGAAGAUAGAAGCGGGAAAGAUCAGCCUUCUUGUUUCUUCCUCACUAGUCGAGAACUGCCAGCUCCAUUGAACCUGGACGGCAGUUUCCAGGCUGUGGGGAAAUGCGCUCCGUGACAGCAUCGCCCAUCUCUUUGGCUUUCAAAGGUCUCUUCGCUUAAGGAGGUUUCUGCAAACCACAUUGUUUUGGAGCACUAGUUUCCUGGGACAGGUUUCUGGACAGUUUCCCAAUGUUCUGAAACCUGUUUUAUUAUUAUUAAUAUUUUAUUUAUAAUUUUCACCAUUAAAAGAGUUGAUAAUAACCCAAAUACCAAUUACACAUUUAGUUUUGACUUUCCCCCAUCCUUUCCAUGGCUCACUUAUUUUCUUUUCCAUUACAUAUUCUAAUUAAUCCCUAUAUUUUCAUUUUCUCAGUUUUAUAUCUCAAUAAUGGUUACUGCUGAAUUUACUCUGCUACUGUUACCUUUUUAAUAUGCUUACAGUGAUUUUCCAAAUACAGUCAACAAAACAUUUCCAAUCUCCCUUAAAUAUUUUUUCAUCUUGAUCUCUUAUUCUGUUUGUCAGUCUUGCCGCAAACAUUCUGAAAUCUGUUUGGAGUCUGAAAAGUGUGGCUUCCUUCCUCGCCCCCAACCAUGGCUUUUCUUAAUGCCUUUGAUCCAUCUUUAUUUCAUUUUCUACGAUUUUCUCUUUACGCUCAUAACAGAGUUCUUGAUACUGUUGUGCAAGUGCAUGCACACAUCUGUCCUUAUCGCAACCCACCUCUGCUUCAUCUCAUUCUUUGGAUAUUGGGGUGGUGGUGUUGAUAAUGGAAGGCACUGUGUUUCUUUUAAUGCUAAAUGGGUAACUGUGGCCAUAGUAACACCUAUAUUUUCCCCCAGAAGCUGUUCCUCUCUCGGAAAACAUUUUGUAUGCAGCAGAAAAAUAGUAAAUUGAUACUCUGGUUGUAAGUCUGCUUAAUUGGAAAUAAAUUCCACUAAUAGAAAUACGAACAAAGAACCUGAUGGAACCUUAAAUGUCUGUUGUGGCAUUUGCUUUCAUAGGCCAGAGUUCAUUUCAUCCACCACAAAGUGGGAUCUCUCCCAUGAAAAACUUGUACCAGAACAAAUGUGUUGAAUACUUCCACCGCACACUUUCUUUUAAUGCAGAUUACUUCCAUCUAAGCUGAACCGGAGUACAAGUUGCUAUAUUUCCCCCCCAGAUGAUGGGAAAUGGGUGGCAAGGAAGAGUUGUUCUCAUCAUCUCUGUUUCUAUACCAAUUUUUCUCCGCUAGCAUUUGGUAAAGGUCCCCCCAAAGGCAAUCAAGGCCUAGCUUUUUCUUUUCUGCGUUCCCUUGCUUUGUUGCCUCAUCCUGCACACCUUUGCUCAGAUGUCAUUCUCACUGAGUUAAGUGAGACUUAACUCCCAAGUAAACUGGCAUAGGAUUACACACUGACCACGGCCACCCCAAGGCCAGAAAAUUGCUGUUUAUUCUAAAUCUGAAUAGCAUCAUUAUUGAUAGUGCAAGCCUAACCGUGUCCACUCUGAAUUCAGCAGGACUUGCUAUUAUGGAGUUUAUCCCCAGUUAAGUAGCAUUAGGAUUGCAGCCACAGACUUCUUACCAGUUUCCCUAAGCAAUCAGAAACUGUUUGUAAUUCUAAAUACAAAUAGCUGGCAAAGGGGUUUAUGAGUGUGGGUUUGUUUUAACAAAACGAAGCAUAUUUAAGUAUCCACUGGAAUUUCAGUGUAUUUGUUUAUAGCUUUCCACAGAAUUAUUUCAUUUCUGUGGUGCUUUUGCCUGCCUUUGGGUUUCAGGACAUGAAGCCAACUUGGGUUAAGAGAACACUCAUCAAAAGAAUCCAACUCCCAUCUUAAGACAACUUCAUUUAAAAGUUAUAGUUCAUCUGAUUUCAAUGGAAAUUUCAAUGGAAUGCGUUUCCGACUGAAGAAAAGUUAAGGGAGUGAAAAAAAUCCCAGAGGAGCUUUCUGAAUAGUGGAACUGCCAUUCUUUAGUGUCUAUAAAAAAUUUUACUAAAUUGCUUUAGACAGUGUCUCAGGUCUGGUUGACUCCAAAACUUGUUUAUUUUCCGCAUAAAAAAUAGGAGUUAUCUAGUGAGAGUAUAGCUUUCCUGGAUAAUAAAAUAAAAUGAAAGUCACUUCAGGAAAAUAGUAAAAGGAGAGGAAAUAGGAAUGGCGGGUUUUAAAAAAUGCACAAAUAAGAUAUUAUAGUACAAAAUAUGAUAUAUUCCUGUAUAAAUGUAUAGGGGUAUGCUGAUAGUAAAGUUAACAUUGUAGAUUCUCAAUAUCUUUGAAACUGUUGCACCACAUGACAAAGAGGAGUGGGGAAAUUCAUCAGAAAUAAAGGGGAAAUGGAUUAAGGUUUUCUAGGUGUACAGACAGUAUGCAUAGUUAGGAGAUCAUUUUUGAUUAUAAUUACAUAGAUUUUAGUAUAGGCAUCUCCCCCUUGAUGCAGCAGCUGUAAUACUGUAUUUUGAAAGUUCCUGUUAAAGGCAAAAGUUAAGAGCACCCAUUAUCUGGAAAAGUAUUUUUCCAAAUAUUAUCAGAUUGAAAAGCUGUGCUUUCCCUGUUACCACUUAAAACAAAUGGCAUUUAAUCUGCCCUUCUUCACAUCUAGAUCCAAGGAUACAAGCCUAACAGAACCUCCUUUAUUAAAGCUGCAAUCCUGUGCACACUAAUUUGGGGGUACGCUUCCAUGAAACUCCGUGCUCCUGUAUAACUGAAUAAUUCUCCUGGGAGACACUGAAACUUGUUUUCAUGGCGCCUUAAAGAGAUUAUGCGGUUUGCAAAAAAGCAAUUCCUGAACUUCAGGAGAGUGUAUUGUUUUCCUGAGCAAUAUCUAGUUGUGCCUAUAGAAAUAAGCCUUCUAAUUAUGAUCUUUGUUCAGCUACAAAUAUGUGUGACAGUUAUUAGCAAAUCAACAUGUGCUUUAAUUAGUGCGGGCUUGGGAAAGAUGGAAUGCUUCUCUUAAUAUGUUCCAAUAACAACACACUUGUUGCAUUAUGUAAACGAUGAAUGUCAUUCCUAAAUACCAUGCUACAAAUCACUUAUCUUUGGGUAUCUGGGUAAAACUUAAUUUACAGCACGAUCCUAACAUAAGCAUGGGAUAAAGCUGUGAGUGAAGUUACUCUCUCUACCCAUUCUCUGCAUGCAUUCACACACUUAGGAAUCAACCCCAUUGAUUUAAAUGGGGCUUCCUGACACAUAAAUGCAUAUCCAAGCUCAACUUCACUGUAUUUUUCACCCCCUAAAAAAAAAUCACCUCCUUUAAAAAAACCAAAAAAAGAAAAAAUCAGAAGCAAAACAUUAUCCCUUCCAAAUCCUUACUGUGACAAUAGUACCAUUUAUUCUGAAAUGUGCCAGCUAUUUAAACAAUCUUAGGUUUAAUUCUAUUCUAGACAGCGUUUGCCUUUUAAACCAAUAUUUCCCACAAAACUAUUCUGAAAUUCCAAAACCUGCAAUCCUAAACAAGCUUAUUAAAGAGUAAGUCCCAUUGGAAAGUGCUUAGUGAACAGACAUAGAAUUAUACUGUAAAUUUGCAAGUGGUCUCUUUAAGAUUGUGAUGUUCAUCACAAGUACUUGCAAGUCCCAAUAACAGUAUAUGCUAAUUUCAUGUCGAAUACAGUCUUAGGAUCCUGAUGAUGGCAAUUCCUAUUUAUGCCUUUCCCUUGCUUUUCUCAUAGCCUUGCUGAGCUCUGAAAGUCCUGCUACUGAAAUGUAAAUUAUGCUUUAAAAAGAGUCGGGACUAUUACUAUGUAAAUUACAGGCUUUGGGUUGUAAUGGAACAAGAUAUGAAACAAAUUCCACUGCCUGUAUUAGCUACAGAUGUUUGCAUAUAUAUAUAUAUAUAUAUAUAUAUAUGUGUGUGUAUGUGUGUGUGUGUGUGUGUGUGUGUGUGUGUGUGUGUAUAUAUAAAAGCAUACAUAUGUCAUAAAAAGUACAUGUUGAAUCAGUGUGUCGACUUCCUUUUACAUUUUUUGUUGCUGGCUUAGAAUACAGAGAUCUAAAAUGGUGGUGGUGGGGAGAACCGUCAAGACUUUGCUCCCAGAUCACAAGUCUACCAUUGAUUUCAAUGAAAGGCUUGGCAAUUAGCGCAGUUACGGGGGGGGGGGGGGGGAACCUUGUCGGACUCCCUCAGGCAAAGCUUCAGCUAAACUGUCUGAUAAAAUACGUAAUUCAUGCUGGAUAAAUCAUAACAACUCGUGGCUGAGGAUGCAUUUAUUUCUAUCCUAUAUGAAACUUUAAAAAUCAAAAAACCCACAGCCAACUACUAACUCAUUCCUUUAGUAACACGUUCCACUUCCCACUUCAGUAAGGGCCCCUAGAAGUUCUUGCUUCUCCCGAUCGUACUAAGAUGAGCGCAUUGGGGGCAGGUUAUGCACCUGAUUUUCUGACCAGAGGUUUUCAGAUGCCCUAGACUUUUUGUAGGACUCUUCGCUAGGAUACCAUACAUAGAGGGCAUUGUUGCACAAAAGAAGGGUGACCAGCUGUUUUGGCAACAGUCUUGUUUCAGUAAGAUGGUAUCUUUGCAGUAGAUUUUUCGUUAAAGCUCUCCAUGAGGUUCUGCAAAGGCCUGACAGUGAUAUGGGGAUGCAGGUGGGCUGUAAUAUUACUGUAAUCGCAUCCUAUAGCAUUCAGGAACACUGGAGCAGCCAACAUUGUUGCCAUGUUGACUGUUGUUAAGGAUAUGAGACUUGUCAGUGUACCUUCACAGUCCUCCAUCUGCUCACCUUAAAUCUCUGUAUCCCUUACAGCAGACGUGAGCUUAUCAGAUCUCCUUUGUUUUUCACUAGAUCUGCCGGCCAGAACCAAGUGCUAAGGACAUACAAUUAGAAUUAAAGAACAAUCUGGGCUCAGGGAUUUGUUUUCAGUACAAGAACAGAGCUUACAGUUCUUUCACGCAAAAGUCUACUCCUCUUUGGUUUUCUUAUUUCAGCAGAUGGGGAAAGUGGCUGUUGCUAUUACUAAAUAAUUGGUCUUUGGGAACCCUUAACCACCUACUGGAAUUUGCCCAGAGAUCUCUCAGUAAAUCCUGAUCUACAUUUUGCCCAUCCUUGCCUUACAGAAACAAAUACCCAUUGGAUUCCUGCUGGUGCAAGGAGUAGAGCAUAGCAGCAGAGCAUGCAAUAAUGCUUUUAAAAUAUGUGUAAAACUUGCUUGGUGGAUUCUAAGAUCCUCACUGAGUGAGGGGUAUUCUGUUCUGUUUUCUGUCUGUAUACCCAAGAUUUUUUAAGCAUACAAUUUAAAACGUAAGAUGUGAAUGUAACAAAUACAUAUAUUGUGCAUGCAGACUCCUCAGGCACCUGCAAUCAGGAGUAGUGGGAGUAGAUCAGUCUCUUGAAAGUUGGACAUGUCUGAUUUAAAGCAUACAAAGAAAUGUAAUAGAUGGAUCAUUGCUUUGAUCCCGCAUCACAUUUUUUAAAUAGGGGGCACGGUAGUUUCACAGAACAACAUGUGUCUGCUACAGCCAGAUUGCAAACAUCCACAUUAUAAGCAGAAAUAUAGGCUAUCCCUCUUAAAGCUUAACGUAUCAUUCCCAUCUUCCAUUUUAAAAAAGGGGUCCUUCUUGGUGUGUCAGAAUUUCCUGUAUUCUGCUUUCUUUCAUAUUUGCCCUCCCAUAAACAUAAUCUCAUGCGUUCUUCUUAAGCCAACUGUCUUAUCUUAGUGUUUUGAUGUCCGGGGGCUGGGCGGUACAAUUGGGCCUGGUUGCCUUUGUGCAGCCAGUAAUGGACUAUUCUGCUUGUUACCAUCGUCAUCAUAUUUUUAAAAAACUAUUAGCAUGCGGCCCUCACCCCACGUACGUAAGAGUCAGAGCCAUUGAUUUAAACAGGACUUGCCUCUGUGUAGACAUGGCUAGGAUUGUACUGCUAUUAUCAUUUAUACCCCAUUCAUUUAUACCCCAUUCAUUUAUACCCCAUUCAUACGCUGAAGGGACGCGGGUGGCGCUGUGGGUUAAACCACAGAGCCUAGGACUUGCCGAUCAGAAGGUCGGCGAUUCGAAUCCCCGCGACGGGGUGAGCUCCUGUUGCUUGGUCCCUGCUCCUGUCAACCUAGCAGUUCAAAAGCACGACAAAGUGCAAGUAGAUGAAUAGGUACCGCUCCGGCGGGAAAGUAAACGGCAUUUCCAUGUGCUGCUCUGGUUCGCCAGAAGCAGCUUAGUCAUGCUGCCCACAUGACUCGGAAACUGUAUGCCGGCUCCCUCGGCCAAUAAAGCGAGAUGAGCACCACAACCCCAGAGUCAGCCACAACUGGACCUAAUGGUCAGGGGUCCCUUUACCUUUUACCAUAUGCUGAAAAGGAGAGAAGAAGCUGCUUUUGCGACAUUUGGCAGUGAUCAUCCACCUCCCCCCCCCCCCCGCUCCCAGCUUUGGUAACUGAUCUUUGUUUUCCUUUCCAGGACACCUGAGUCCCACAGCCUGUACACUGAGGAAGCACAAGACCAACCGGAAGCCCCGGACACCUUUCACCACCUCCCAACUGUUGGCUUUGGAGCGCAAAUUCCGCCAGAAGCAAUACCUCUCCAUUGCCGAAAGGGCUGAAUUUUCAAGCUCACUGAACCUCACAGAGACCCAGGUCAAAAUCUGGUUCCAAAACCGGAGGGCCAAGGCAAAGAGACUGCAGGAAGCAGAGCUGGAGAAGUUGAAAAUGGCAGCCAAGCCCAUGUUGCCAUCUGGCUUUAGCCUUCCUUUCCCCAUCAACUCCCCUAUCCAGGCGGCCUCACUCUAUGGAGCAUCUUAUCCCUUUCACAGACCUGUGCUUCCCAUCCCACCUGUAGGACUCUAUGCUACUCCCGUCGGAUAUAGCAUGUACCAUUUAUCGUAAGAAGAUCAGAAAGCAAAGCAGCGGCGCAAUCAGAGACUUUCUGGUGGAUCUUGCCCAGUUCAAGAGUGCAGUACAAAAGCCAAUUACUGGUCAUUUUUCUGCAUGUUUGUAUGUGCCUUAUCAAGUUUAUAGGAGUUUGAAACAAAAAGCAGAGCCUGUAUUCUGCAGGCUGGGGAACCAGCCAGGUGUGAUCUCAACACUUAGAAUCUGAUCCUGAAAGAGAAGGGUUGGGUUUUUUUUAACAUACAUGCUUAAAGUAAUAUAGUUUGUUUAUAUACUGCACAUGGGGGUGGGGUGGGAAAGGAAUCAAUACUUAAAUCAUGCAUUUUCACAGCAUUUCUGUCCGUUCCCCCCCCCCCCGAUGUUUGCAGUGGGGUGUCAAACCAUGUUUUGUUUUUCAAAAUAGGAGCAGUUAAUUCUUUAAGGUGAGAAAGCUGCAGCUUGAUCCUAUGCAUGUUUACUCAGAAGUAAGUCCCACUCUGUUCAGCGGUGCUUACUCCGCGUUUAAAUGUGGCUGUAGGUACGUUCCCAUGUGUUGUUUGACUUGGUGGGGGAAAUUUAGAUAUAAACGUGGAUUUUAUUUCUAAGACCAACUUUGGAAAUAAAAGCAGACUUUCAAGUAGAGGCAAGGAGUUAGUUUCUGCAUUUCCGGUUGGGUUCUUUGUUACAGUCUAGGCCUUAAAUGGACGUGUAAGCAGUUGGAGUAUCUUGAAUGCAGAAUGCUGGGCCAUCCAGCAAGGCAGUCUGCAAAUAUUUGACCUAGAGUAGUUCCGUUGGAAUAAAUGGGAUUGAUCCAGAUAAAGGGACCUACUAUGCAAAGGAUUAAUGACAAUGAUAAUUUUAUUCAUCCUUAGUUUGCAGCUUAUUCUUGCUUAUAAGACAUCAGAUAAGGGGUUUGUAUGUAUGCAGUGGCCAAGAAGGCAGGCCGAGAGCUUGAGAAGAGUUCUGUCCUGAUCCCGUUCUCCCCUGGUUUGCUUCAGAAUUGCCACUUACAGUCAAGUACUUGACUUUUGGAACGAUAUCAGGAGGGGAAACAAAAUAGAGGUAUGAAGAAAAGAGGUGUUGCUUUUCAGAAGUGUCUGUGUGUGUGUGUGUGUGUGUGUGUGUGUGUGUGCAUGUGUGUGUGUGUGUGUACAUGUCUGCAUUCAUGUGCAGAGAGACUAUCAAAACCGUGUUGCAAAGUUGUUUUGUUUUUAUUGCAAUAUUCUGUGUUUUAACCAUUAUUAGCUUAUAGAAAUGAAUUUGUGCUUAAAUGUUUCUUGAAACACCCAUAGAUCCAGGCAAACAAACAAACCUAUGGGAACUACAUAGUGCCACUGACUCUAAAUACAGGACCCACCUUCCCAGGCUUUUAAUAUUUUUUUCAGGCUGGAAGAGUUCUGUUUAGUGUACUUGGUACUAUAAUAACCCAUUUUUAUUAUUCUAAUUAUUUUAUUAUUACUAUUGCUAAACUUCAUGGUAAAGUGUCUAUAGAGGGCUGUUGAAGACAGGACUUCUCAAAGAUGUAUUUUUGGCAUGUUUAUAAAAGAAAAAGGGCCACACUAUUUGUUUUGGAGUUUUGUUUUGUUUUUGCCCCGCUACAAGCUGUGUUGUGAACCUUAUCCAUUAGCUCAGUUCUACCCUUUCACCCCCAGCAUAUUAAAAUCCCUUUGAAAGGGAUGCCUUGUACAAUUUUAUAUAUUUUAUUGAAGAUUUAUUAUUUCUUAUCUCUUUUAUUUAGAAUUAAAUUAAAAAACCUUGUUUAAUUGU